AACUGGCAGCACUGUUCGUAACUUGUUUUGGUGGUUAUUCGCGAAUUUAGUUUUGUUUUUGUUUUGAGCUAACGGAAAAUUUGUUGAACAAGCGGAACCUACACUACACGCCUACACAAAAGGAGCCGUUUAACUUUAUUAUUAACUGUUCGUAACUUGUAAUAUUCUUUUGAUCUUUUUGUCAGUUGUUUCUACGUCUCUCUCUCUCUCACAACUUUCGACAAAUUUCGACCAUGGAUCAGCAGUCCAGUACUAGUCAAAACGAAUCUCUGCCCGGGGAGGAGGAGGACUCCUUGCUGUUGCCGCUGGACACAGAGGCUGCCGAAAUAGCCCGCCUACAACCGAAUUCAACCAAUUCACAAACAGACAAUCCGACAGCAGAAGAAGAUGACGAACGCAUUGCAAAGAUUCAGUUUCAUUGCUAUGCCUGUAACAUGAGAGAGAUGGUCCACUACUAUGGACGCGAACCGCCUUUUGCCCUGGGCAUUGAAUUUCACGAAGACACCUAUGUAAUGCGUGAUCCCUUCCAGGCUCCACCACCACGCUGGCAAUCGAAACCAGAGUUUUUCAUCUCAUUGGGUGUUCACUGUUCCAUUUGCUCUCAAGUGGUUUGCAAAGAUCCAGCCUGUAGUUACUAUUACACGCAAACCUAUUGUCUACCAUGCGGCAGCAAGGAGCUCAAAUCAUGGCCACCAGAGGCCCAGAUGCGAUUACGCAAACAACUGGAAGCCGCCAAUAAAAAGAGGGAGAAGCUACAGUAGAGGAUUACUGGCGAAAAAUGAAUAGAAAACUUUCUUAAAACUUCUUACUAUUAAUUUAAGUGUUUAUGUAUUCUUUCCAAAUUUAAAUUGUAAAUUUGAAUCAAACCAAAUCAAUUUGGUAAUUUUCUUUCAUUUUAUUUCAAAUAAAAAGCCGUUUGGACAUGUGCCUAAUUUCA